AUGGCCAUGAAUGCACCCACAUACCAUUUCUCCCAUUUCCAUCCAAACCACCCUCUAACCCAUUAUUCCGACGACCAAGAAUACACUUGCCACAUCUGCAACACCGUCGACUCCGGCCUCCGAUUCCGAUGCCAACCUUGCCAUGUCGACAUCCACGUGUGCUGCUCUGAUUCCCCCGAGGAAUUAUCCUCCUUUCUCCACUCCCACCCCCUUGCUAUGUUCCCCCCUAUGGACUAUCGCCGCUGUGAUUUCUGCCGUGAAUCCAUCAACGGCAUGUUCUACCGCUGCGACCACUGCGAAUUCAAUAUUCAUCCCAAAUGCAUUCUCAUGCCGUGCGGUUCGCCGACGAGAACCCGUGGGCUAUCUUAUUGGCAAGCGCCGCCGUGGACCACGGCUCAUCAAUCGAAUGGUUAUGGUGGUGGUUACUUUUCUUCCGGCGGAGGUCCGGCUAAUUUGGGAUAUCCGAAUCAUCAUGUUGGUUAUUCUUAUGGAGGUAACUAUGGUGGACAACGACCACCGUCGCGGCCGAGUUGGGGACAAAUAUUGAGGGCUGGAAUGCUUGGUCUGUUUACAAAUUUGACGGCAGAUACUAUUGGUGAGUUUAUUUUCGGUUCUUUAGGUGCCUAA